AUGGCAGCCGCGGCCCCCCAAAACUCAUCCCUCACCGCAGGACCCGUAACCGACCCCCGUAAUAAACAUGUUCUCUCCGUGCCGCAAAACAAAUACACCACCUAUGACUUCUCCCCCUUCCUCACCGCCCCAGCAGUCCAACACCGCAUGCUUGAAAAUCGACACCAAAUCCCCCUAGUAUCUCCCAUCCCUGCCACACGAAUUCCUUCUCCUCUUGCCGAGAAUCUGCAUCCUUCCGUCAUCAAAGACGUACGCGAUUUCCUCCUCGGAACCGGUAAAUAUGCCUCUCCUUAUACUCACAACUAUACUGGAAACGGCGAAGAAGUAUGGGCGAGCUGGAAACGCGCAUGGGAUUUGUGGAAUAAUAAUUAUAUUGAAGGACGGGUGGAUGAAGUGUGGGUUGCAGGCGCUUACAAACAAUGGGAGGCGUAUAUUGCACAACAGAAAAAGAAAGGAAAACUUCCAUUCGAGGGACCCGGCGGGAGAAAACAGCUGAGAAGAAAGCAGGCCCGGAUGGGAAAGGCGUAUAGGACAGAGGCUAAAGCGCUCGAGCAGUUGGAAAGCAGUAUCGAUGAGGUGGCGCAGGGACGCGAAGAUUUCAGAAAACGCGCCAUCGAUAAUCUCAAACAGACAUUAAAGUCAAACCGUACUCUGGGAAAUGGGUAUGUCGAAUUUAGCGAGCUGCUCGAAGAAUGGCAUCGACGCAAUUGGUAUCGACCCCGCUGGGACGACUUCAAAGAUUACAAAAACAAAGCGCCCGAGUAUCUCCCUCUAACCAUGGACUACGUACACGACGAGCUCUAUGACGACGAACGAGAACGCGUCCUAGAACUCCUCACUAAGGAACUCUGGCGAAAGGAUCCCAAACUCGAAGCUCAUCCCGGUACCAUCGAGUACGCCAUCGCCGUGGCUCACUGGGAGCGACAGGCCGAAGUCCGUCGCUGCAAAUUGACUAGUCGACCUGUGUGGAGCGCUAUGAAACCGGUUGAAGACCUGGAGGAGAAGUAUAUCGAAAACGCUUCCAAACGAACGAGUCAGGCAGUCAUUGAAGAAUUCAGAAAACGUUUGGACGCUAAUCGGAAGCUGGGAACCGGAUAUAUUGAGUAUUCAUGGCAGGAAGCGCAUUAUAUAAUCAACUUGCAAGCGCACAAGGGAAGAAUUGAUCCGGCGAUUCUAGAGCUGGAGAAACCUGAUCCGAAGGACUAUAUUGACAAGGCGCUUCCAGGCAGGCCUGAAGAAAGUGCCGCACCUGACAACGCCAUCGAUCGUGCCGAGCAUGAGGAUGACCAGGACGACGACGGACUUGAUCCCAAUGAUCUCACAAGGCCCUUGCUAAUCGAGGAUGAUAAUUCCAGCGGAGGACUUUUCGCCAUGAAAGAUUUUGCUGAAUACACUGUUCCGGAUGAACAUGACGCGAGUUUUUACGAAUAUUACGAUCCUAUUGAGAAUAGUGUUUGGCGACCAAGACAAGUUGGUGAAGAGGAACUGAAGAUCGAUAUGGACGAGGAGCCCGAUGCCUUUCUGAAGAAUUCCCAGUUUGAGAUUGAUGGCGGUGUGGAUUGUGGAAGAAGUCCUUACCCUGUUCUCCGCCCCCUGUACAGAUAUGCACAAAGCCAAGUUGGGCCUGAAGACGCACUUUCCCAAGACCAGUCAUAUCUUUUAAAACUCAAAAAGUUCUGGGAUAAAGUAACAGGCACAAUCUACAACAUCCCAAUCAAUGAUAUAGAUAGUCAGACUCUUGACAAAACUGAUGACCCUUUCCAUAGAGAAUCUUUUGAAAAUACCGAGAACUACCAGAACCCGGACAUAUUUCCCCUGGACAUUCGACGAUGCCAGAAAAUUUCAACUCCCUCCAAACCCGGCGAGGUGGUUUCAAAGGCAACCGACUUCCGAGACACUGACAGUAUCAUUGAACCAACUUUCAAGAUGAAGGAAAAGGAAUAUAGACCCAUGAGAGUCGAUGAUCCAUGGUGGGUUGAGAUGCAGCAAAAGUAUUAUCGGGACAUGCCACCUCGAAGUUAUCCUCCGAAAUUCGAUGAAACACAAUCAUAUCUCCCCAAGGAUGUCAAACUUUGGAACGAUGAAAUUGGAAAGGAUUCCGACUUAAAAAGUCGAUACUUUGUUACUAACUUGGACGGAAGACUUUUGAUCAUCAACGGGAUCGAAGUCAGAAAGGGUGAAAUUGCCGGACCAUUGCCAGAAUUUGCCAUCAUACAGACCGAGGGUGGUGGAGUAUCUUUCUGGUUUGGCGUCGGUGGUCGGUUUUACUUACAGCCGGCUGGUGCCAGAACAAAAGAUUGGUCUCGCCAAUGGAGCCAACUGAGACGAGCAUUAAAAGACGAAUACUUCGGCCUUACCGCAGGGUAUUACUGGCAAAACGCAAUAGUGGGUAAAAUCCUGGAAGAUGAUGAGGGUGAAGGCGAGCAGGAUCCUACGUGGAUAAAGUGGAUAAAUGCAAAACCAACUAGGAAGAUGGAUCUAGACGAUGAUAAUCUUUCGUCUCGCGGUUUUAACGAGAACGAAGACUGGGGAGCGCCUGGGCCUUUGCCAUUCACGAGUGCAGAAGCUGAGCUCAAAUGGGUCGCUGCACAAUUUCAUUUCCAGGAGAUAUUUAGCGUGCAACCAUGGGCCAAGGCAACAAUGGUUGAGCCGACAGCCGACACGGCGUGGGGAGGGCUUGCAGCUGAUUAUAGAGAUGCGAUGGAUGGUCCUACGGAUGAGACUAGACGUGAAUGGUGGGCACAUCAUAAAUCUGAAACCGAAAGACUUCAAGCACAAGCCGGUCAAGCAUUUGAGGAACGAACACGUCAGGAAAUCGAUGCCGAAUCAGCUGCAGCUGAAGCUGCAAGUCUAAAACGAAAGGCUGAUCACGAUGGUUACUUCCCACCCGACGCCAAACGAUUCCGAGCCGACAUAGAAGAAAGAGAUAAGGAGAAGGUACAGGAUAUUCAGAAACAGGAAAAGAAGCAGCUGGAAAUGGGACUGGAACAAUUGGUUGAUCAGAUUAAUCAGGGAGCCAAGGAACUCGCAACGACAGGUUCUGGUGCACCAUCGGGGGCGCAAGCUGAUCCAGCUGCUAGCACCGAAGCUGAUUUCCAAGCACGUGAAGCACUACAAAGGGUCCGAGAGCUGGAGCGUCUAAGAGUGCUGUUCAAUGUGCGUAGGAAGGAUGCGAACGAAGUCCUAAUCCCGCCGAUGACAGAUCCGCUCGCGGGCCUUGCCCCUUCACAGGUCUUGACGUUACCGGAGAAUCGAUGGGCUUUGGAAUCAAACUUGAAUCACAUAAACGAGACACGUUUAGACAAAGAAGUUCGGGAAACGGGAGCCUUGAAUCAUCAAAAUGCAUCUGAAAGACUGAAACGAGAUCGUAUCGCGAGGAAAAGAAGACUAGGCGCCCUUGGGUUUACUCCCAUGACAGAUGCGGAACGGCACAGGCAAGAGCACCAAUUAAGAAUCAAGGCAGAUGAAGAGAAAGAGCAGAGGGAAUAUCAACUGCUAUCCAGACUUGCCAACAUGUGCUUGUUAAAAGAUAAACAAGCCAAGAAGGAUUUAGAACACGCCGCCGCCGUGAAAGAUGGAUUGCAAGCCGGGGACCCCGUAAAGGCCGCCGCAGCCGCCAAGAAAAGUCAAGAAGAACUCGAGGCACAGCAACUCGAGAUGGUGAAACAUCUAUCAUUGAUAUCUUGGGCUCAAGCCAACGAUGUCGACGAAGCACAGCUCCUCGAAUACAUGGCCCAAAGUGGCAAGGAAUUCGACCCCACCGACUUCAACACCUGGGUCAACAAAGCCGCGGACAACAUGAAAGAAAAAGAAAUCCGAUCAUCGGUGUUAGAAGCCGCCAAAAAAUUAGGCAUCUCCUUUAACGAGUGUCUCGAAAAAGUGCACGGCGCGGCUAGUUUCGAGGAUCAUAUGAAGAGAAUCAAAGCGUGGAAGGUGCCUAAGUAUUUCAUGGGUGCAGAUCCCAAGGAAGCCAAACGCAGGUUUGGAGCGGCGUUGCUGGCGUCGGUGGAGGGACAUGAUGUGAGGAGGAGGGGCAAGUACACUAGUUGGGAGGAGGUGGUGGAUAGUAUGCCGAUUGCGACGGAUUGGGAUGAGGUGGUGAAUUUGGCGCCGGAGGUGGAACCGGUGGGGUUUGGUAUGGUGAGGGAAUUUGUUAUUCUUGCUCAUGGGGAGUAUAAGUGGUUGGGGAUUGUGUGA